AUGGCGUUGGAUGAAGAUAAUCUAAAACAGUUGACAGUACUGAGAAGGAAGCGUGGUGUUAUUAAGGCCUCAUUAACUCGAUUACGCAACUUCACUAAUGAGUUUGAUACAGCGGUGCAAUCUAUAGCAUUGCUUGAAUUCCGGCAAGAGGAAUUACCUCAAAUUAGUAAAAAGUUCGAUGCGGUACAAUGCGAGAUUGAGAUGAUUGCUGAGGAGCUAGAAAAAGAGGAUCAAGAACGUGAAGCGUUUGAAAGAGAUUAUUUUGACGCCAGAGCUCAAAUGYAGGAAAUAAUUAACUUACAAAAACAGGCAAGUACCGUAGGCCAUAAUCAGUCGUUCGGGUUCUCUGGCAGUGGGCACGGGUCUAGGCUGCCUCCCAUGCCACUCCCUGAGUUUAAGGGUAAUAUCGAGGACUGGGAAGCGUUUUAUGACGUGUUUCAAGCGCUAGUACAUAAGGAUGAUUCGAUAUCGUUGGCUCACAAAUUGUACUAUUUGCGAUCCUGUCUACGUGGUCCAGCGUUGGACAUUGUGAGUUCGAUUCCUAUGACCGAUUGUAAUUACGAAGUAGUGCUGCAACGGCUUAAACAACGCUAUGACAAUAGAAGCCUGGUGAUUCAAACGCAUAUCAGAGCGCUGCUCGACAGUCCUCGCGUGGAAAUAGCUACGACGGGGUCACUUCAAAGAUUGCAUUCGCACAUUGGGGCUCAUGUAGCUGCUUUAAAGGCGUUAGGGCAACCGGUGGAGCAUUGGGAUGCUUGGCUCGUUACGAUUGUGUUACGUCAUUUGGAUAAAUGUACGCUUCAUGAAUGGCAACUUCAUCAAAGUGACACCCAAUUGCCGAAAUAUCUAUCUAUUGAAAGGUUUCUAGCGAAUCGGUGUAUAGCCUUUGAGGGGUCAGGCGCUUGGAAUGCGCAGCCAAAAGAGACCGAAUUAAAUAGUGGGUCAAGUUUAAAAAAGCACGGUUCAAGCAGCAACGUCAAGAAGAUGGCUUUAGUGAUUGAACAUGAUAGUCGCGAGAAGUGUGUCCAUUGUUCCGGUCUACAUAGAUUGYACCACUGUGAUUCAUUCAAGAAGCUCCACGAAGCUCUUUUUCGGGUGACUAUAUUACCAGCAGUUGAAAAACAACGUUCAGCACUCACUGAUGUUGCAGUAAUUGCCAUAUACUUUUUAGCAAGUUUACCUAUUGUCGGAUAUUUUGAAUAUCAUGUUUUCUACCACUCUAAGGGAUCUUAUGUAAAUCUCAACUGCGGUUUUGCUAAAUAG